GAUGUCUGAACUUAAACCAAUCAGAAUUCGCCAACCGGCCGCAAACCAACUCCUCGAACACGCCAAAAAAAUCGAGCACGAGGAUCGUGAGUCGGCCACCACCAACUCGGGCAACCCCAUCACCUACAAAGACGCCACCCUCACCGUGGGCAAAAAAGGUACCACCUUGUUCCAGGAUUGGGUACUAAUCGACGAACUCGCCCAUUUCAGUCGGGAGCGAAUCCCGGAAAGGGUGGUCCAUGCGAAGGGUGCUGGGGCUUUCGGGUACUUCGAGGUCACCCAUGACAUCACCCAGUACACCGCCGCCAAGGUUUUCGCCCAUGUGGGCAAGAAAACGCCCAUCGCUGUGAGGUUCUCCCAAGUGGCGGGGGAAAUGGGGUACCCUGAUACUGUGAGGGAUAUUCGGGGAUUUGCCGUGAAGUUUUACACCGAGGAUGGGAUUUGGGAUUUGGUCGGGAAUAAUACUCCCUUGUUUUUUGUGAGGGAUUGUGCCCUUUUUCCCAGUUUUAUUCAUAUUUUGAAACGGAAUCCUGUGACGCAUUUGAGGCCGGAUUUUGACAUGUUUUGGGAUUUUAUUUCCCUGAGGCCGGAGUCGACCCAUCAGACGCUCGUGUUUUUCUCGGAUAGGGGAAUCCCCAACAGUUACCGCCAUAUGCACGGCUAUGGGGCCGACACCUUCGGUUUUGUCAACGAAUUUGGUCAAUUCUUCUACUGCAAAUUCCACUACAUUACUGACCAAGGCAUUGGUACCCUCGACGCGGACCAAGCCACCCAAAUCGCGGGUCAAGACCCCGACUACCUCAUCCGCGACCUCUACAACGCCAUUGCGACAGGAAACUACCCAUCAUGGUCCUUCUACAUCCAGAUAAUGACCCCCGAACAGGCCGAAAAGCACCCAUGGGACCCCUUCGACGUCACCAAAGUCUGGCUCCAUGCCGACUACCCCUUAAUCCCAGUGGGCAAACUCGUCCUCAACCGCAAUCCCAAAAACUAUUUCGCCGAAGUCGAGCAAAUGGCCUUCGAUCCUGCCCAUUUAAUCCCAGGGAUUGAACCCUCGCCCGAUAGGAUGCUCCAGGGCCGGCUUUUCAAUUAUGGGGACACCGCACGGUACCGUUUGGGGGCUAAUAAUCUGCAAUUGCCGGUCAAUAGCCCCUUCAAGCUUCAUAAUUUCAGCAGGGAUGGGUUUGCGACUUUGGAUAGUCAAGGAGGGGCCCCCAAUUACCAUCCGAAUAGUUUCGGGGGGCCGGAUAAUGAUAAAAGGGCCCUUGCCCUUUCGCCCCUUUUGCCAGUGGUGGGGAAUGCUGGGAGGUAUGAUAAUGGAGGGGAGGAUUGGGAUAAUUAUGGGCAAGCCAGGUUGUUGUACCAUCGGGUUUUGAAGGAGGAUGAAAAGGACAGAUUGGUUAAUAAUAUUGUCAAUUGGUUGAAAAAUGCCGCUGAUUUUUUGCAAGAAAGGGCAAUUAGAAAUUUUGCUAAUGUUGAUGAGGAGUUUGCAAGGAGGAUUAGGGAGAGGAUUCAAGCCCAGGUCAAACCAGUGGCACUUGCGGAGUUGUAGAAAAAAUUUGACUGGAUUUGUAUGAAGGAUAAUAAAAUUUUGCAUUGA